CAAUUUAUGAAGCUCUGAAAUAAGCACUUUAUUUGGUCUUUUGAUUUUGCUCAACAUUAUUCUCAGAGAAGUAAAAGAUGACUGAUGUCAGAUAAACAAGGGAUCUGAUUGAGAGAGGAGACUGUCCAUAUGUACCAAUGGGCUAUUUGUCUGUCAGCAAAUGAGAGACAUGGGAUGGCACUAAACGUAUCUCUGGCGAAGAGCGUCGAUGAGGUGAGAGAAGCGCUCUGAGACGAAGCACGCACGAGAGGGGCAGGUUAGGUAACGUCACGGUUGUUAUCAUGGUUUGGAUCGAGAAUAAACUGCAACUGAUACUGCAAAUGUCAAUCACCUCAUGAUGGCGCGAGGCACCCUCCACUGGGUUUGAUAUGGGAUAUGGGAUUUACGUCAGCGAAGAUUCUAAUAUUUUGUGCAUUUAUUGCAUUAGUGUCCCUGGCUGUGGCAAGAGUCUCAGUGGCGGAUGUGAAGUGUGAGAAUAUUUACAGGGACUUCUCUGACUGUGUUCUGGAGCUGGGGGAGGGCAUGGAUAACUACCAGGAGAACGUGACCAGCGAGAUGGGAGUGGAAGUUGUGUGUAGCCACUGGGAGGCGUUCCACACGUGUGCCCUGACGGCACUGUCCAGGUGUCAGGAGGAGGUGGGCUCCAUCUGGGAGACCCUAAGAGAAGACUCCAGGAAGAUCCGCUUCCAGGGCAGCCUCUUUGACCUGUGCAGCCCCAGCUCGGCCCCCAGCCUGCGCUCGCCUCUACCCCUGCUGCUCCUGGGCUUGCUGAUCCUGGGAGGGCCCAUCUGGCCCUCCACAUAGGUGGGGGAUGCCUCCCUCCUCCUCCUCGCUCCCACCCCCAUGCGCUCUCACAAUCCCCGAGGUGGGGUGAGUAGAGAGAAGAUCAGUGAGUAGAGAGGGGAUAUGGAUCGAAGAUUAGGUUAGCACACAGAGCCAAGUCUCUAUGGAGACACCAUAGAUAUCUAUAGUACUGGGUAAUCAGAAGGCUAUGAUAUCACAGAGCCAUUGAUGUCUAUGGAGAGAUGGAUGGAUACCUAUAGCUCUGGGUUACCCACCAUAGAUGUCUAUGGCACUAGGUAAAUAUAGGGUUAUGUUAUCAGGGCCUUAGAUGUUAAUGUCAUCAAUAUCUAUGAGUCUGGGUAAACAUAAACACCCAAGACCCAAGCAAUUGUAAUGAAAUUACCUACAACAGUAUACGCCUAUGAAAAAAAGCAAUUUUAAAGCAAUUGGUCGGUUUUGUUGACAAUCAAGUGAAUUCUAUAUAAACAAUGACCUUUUGACCACUACACACCAGCCCCAUAUGGUUGGAGUUGCAUGGCUGCUAUAAUGACACCAAAAAGGUAUUUUCUAUAUUUAUGCUCUGUUAAACUGUUUCUUUGGUCAUCCUGUUAGACAGUAGGUGCUGUUAAAGUCAGGUAAUGCUCUUAACUGAAAAUAUUGUAAAAAAUUGUUGAGGUAGCUAAUGCUCUUAACUGAAAAUAUAAUUCCUUGCUUUAUUAUGCACCUUACAGUAAAAUGCCUAAUUUAUUGUUAGUAAUUGUGGAUGAAGCACAACAGUCUAGUUAGUUUCUCUCUUGCCAACUAGUUAUUGUACCUGAAAAUGGUCGCUGGUUAUGUGAGAAUGUUCAGUGUUGUUUUAUGAACCUGUGUCUUGUAUGGAAGUCCAAGUGUUUGGCUGUCAAUUUAUUUUAUAUCAUUGACUCCACAACAAUACACAAUUGUACAUAGUUCACUUCAAAGCACAUUCACCUUUACACAAAACACACAGCAUACUGAGUAGAAAUAAAGAUGAGGUAAUGCCACAAAUAUUCACUUUAUUAUGGAAGCUAAAAUAUAUUGGACUUAAGUCAUAGGAUUCUCAUAGGGCACCACCCUGCAUUGUUAGCCCUAAUGCCUCAAUGCAUUACAGUAUUUGAUUUUGUCAACAGCUGUAAUACAGUUGAAGUCGGAAGUUUACAUACACCUUAGCCAAAUACAUUUAAACUCAAUAAAAAAAUCCUGUCUU